AUGGCAGAGAUACAAGGCUUUGCAAAGGCAGUGUCCACACCAGGCAUUCCUGAGUGGCUAAUUCAGACAUUCUACAAUGGUCUGAAGCAUGAAGUUCGAGUUCUAUUGAUGCCGCAUCUGGCGGUACUUUCAUGGCAAAACUCCAGAAGCGCGAAGACAUUGUUGGAUGAUAUGGCUGCCAACAAUUACUCAAUGACUGGAGUAUAUCUCGUGGAGCCCCUAAAAAGGGAGGUUUUGGCAGCUAAGGUUGACCAAUUGAGUAGCAGAUCAAUAGCACCUGUUUGUGAGAUUUGUGAAGUGCAAGGGGCAUAUCAAUGCCAUUUCAUUGAGGAGCGUAAAGAACUGCCAGAGCCUACAAGGAGGGUAACUGAGCAAAAGAACACUGCAAAAGAGGUUAUAGAGUUGAGUGAGGAAGUUCAAGGGAAGACGGGUUUGGAAGAGGAAGCUAAGGAGACUGAGAAAAAGGAACCUAUUGUCACACCUAUUGCACCAUACAAGCCACCUGUUCCAUUCCCUCAAAGAUUGGCACAAGCAAAGCUAGAGAAGAAAAAAAUUGAAGAGAAUGUCACUGUUUCACUAACAGCUGAGUGUAGUGCCAUUUUGCAGAACAAGCUUCCAAAGAAGCUAGGAGAUCCAGGCAGUUAUUCUAUUCCUGUUAAGCUUGGUGAUAUUGAGAUCAAGAAUGCCUUAUGUGAUCUUGGGGCAAGUGUCAGUCUCAUGCCCUUGUCAAUCUGCAAGAAGCUCAAUAUGGGUGAACUGAAACCCACACGCAUCUCCUUACAACUAGCAGAUAGAACAGUCAAGUUCCCCCUUGGCAUCCUUGAAGAUGUUCCUCUUAGAGUCGGAAAAUUUUUAAUUCCAUGUGAUUUUGUUGUUAUGGAAAUGGAAGAAGAUGCAAACGUUCCCAUUAUUCUUGGGAGACCCUUUUUGGCCACUGCUGAAGCCAUAAUUGAUAUGAAAAAGGGAAAAAUCACCUUUGAAAUAGGUGAUGAGAAGAUGGAGUACACACUCACAAACUCCAAGGCUUCUCCAUCUAUGGGAGAAAUUGUUGAUAUAGUGGAUGUUCUCAAUGAGGAUACCCCGGUUAAAUCUAGCACUCCUUCUUCUAUGUCGAUUGAGAGAUCACUUGCAAAAAUCCAACAUUCAGUUGCUGAGAUUAAGGCAGAGCAGUGCAUUAUUCAGAAGAACUUGUCAUCCAUAUUCACAAUGUUGGAAAACCUCAAUACUUGGAUGCAGUCACCAGGGUUUCUGAUCCCUUCGCUCUCCCCUCCUUAG